UUGAUCUUUGACGUUUGAUCUUAUUUUUUUAAAAACUACAGAUCUGUAGUCUAAAAUAAACAAACUAAAUGUCCUCUGAGUUACAACAAACCUCGUAAAGGUUUCUGCCCACAAUACAAUUCUGGUAAAAUGGUCUAGAGAUCCACCCUUGGUUUAUGAAUGUGAUCUCGUGGUUUGGUCGCUUUGUGUGGUUGUGUAAGGGGGAUCUCCUUUGUGAGAUUAGGCUGUUGCAAGACCUGAAACACCCAUUGAGAAGCAUUAGAGAGACAAAUUUUUUUCAGUUAUGUUACCCUCUGUAGCCAAGUAAACCCUCUUCAACUGCUGAAAAUGGUAUCAUCCACAAACAAAAAAGAUAUUUUCGAUAAGUGAGUGGAUGGCAGGCAGCAGACUCUCAUUUGUUGCAUUACAUAGUAAUUCUCAUAGAUUUUCUCAUUUUGUCAGUUACACCGCCCAGAAAACAGAAGUGGGAAGUUGCGGCUAAAACAGCAAGCGACUCAGAAAAGUAACAAGCAUGGAUAUGGAUUACACUGAAUAUGAAGAUUACACUCCAGAGAAUGAGACUGAGAACACCACCGCCACAGCUGGCCUAAUUUAUUUCAGCAGUGCUCCGUCUCCUUUGACUCGUGUUCUGAUGGCAGUCAGUAUCCUAAUAACUGUUAUUGGCCUCGGAGGAAAUUCAUUAGUGAUCUGGAUCUGUGGAUGCAAAAUGAAAAGAACGGUCAUUACCACCUGGUAUCUCUGUCUGGCUAUUUCGAACUUAUUUUUCUGUGCGUUUCUGCCCCUGGAAGUAUUCUACAUGAUAACCUCACACUGGCCUUUCGGACUGGUCUUGUGCAAAGUCACUUCUUCUGCCCUGUUUCUCAACAUGUACUGCAGUGUGUUUCUGUUGGUUUUGAUCAGCGCUGAUCGCUGUAUAAUGAUUUCAUUUCCUGUUUGGUCACAUAACCACCGGACAGUGCAAAAAGCAUCUGGAGCUGUCGUCGUCAUAUGGCUCCUUUCUGCACUCCUAACGUUGCCCACACUGAUCGUCAGACAAACCACAGUCUAUGGCUCAGUCAUUCAGUGCCACACGGAUUACAUGGGCUAUUCCAGACACAAGGCAGUGGUGCUGACUCGAUUCACAUGCGGGUUCCUGAUUCCUUUCCUAAUGAUUGUCUUCUGCUGCUCUGUGCUUGGUGUGAAGCUCAGAAGUUUGACUGUCAAGUCAACAAAGCCUUACAAAGUCCUGGUGGCGCUCAUCUUGUCAUUUUUCUUCUGCUGGGUCCCCUACCAUACCUUUGUUCUUCUGGAGUUAGACUUGAAGAACCACAGCCUGGAAAUACUUAAAACCGGGAUGAAGGUGGGGGCCACCCUGGCGGCAGCAAAUAGUUUCAUAUCCCCAGUUCUGUAUGUCUUCAUUGGUAAUGACUUUAAACAAACCCUAAAGCGGUCUUUGAUGUCGAGGAUAGAGGAGGCAAUGAUGGAGGAUUUUCGUACAGGUGGUUUUAAUCAGUGAAGGUCUGAGUCGAUGGAAAUUAUCUAAAAUUAAUUUGAAACUUUUGUCAUCAAUGACAUGGAGUAUUUCACAGUAUAGGUCACGAUUACAAAGCUGGAUGAUAUCGAGAAAAACAUAUGUAACGGCAUGUUUAACCUCAAAUGAGUAUAGGUUAUACAGUGUACUAUAUAUACACAUGUUGAUGAUGGUAAAACCUCACUGACUUUUACACAAUAUCAAAUCUGCAUGACACAAUGAUCAAGUUUGUUCAUUUGGACUACACUAGUCAGCUAUGGAUUGGCCACUGACAUUAAUUUUAAUUAAAAAAAAAUCUUUACAUUCAGAUAUUUUGUAUUUUAAGAUUGUUUUUAUGUCUGUGAAUGAACUGCUUUUGUGUUGUUAUGUUUGCAAACCAUCUUGCUUCACUUUAGUCGUUCCUUGCGGAACGACUAAAGUGUCUUGAAUUUAAUUAAAUUUAUUAUUUGCAAGUCAGUGUAAUUUGGGUGAGCUAAGUGUAAUUAAAACAUAAGUGAAACUUUCACGUGACCUUCAAAAAUGAUGUGCUUCUAUGAAAUGUCCAUGAAAAACAAUCUUGUUAUUAGAAACUGAUACAUGAACAAAAUGAAUGACGUACUCACAUUGUUCUAACUCUCCUCUGCAAAGUUCUCUACAUUUCAAAUGUAACUCUACUAGCAAGCAGUGUUGGUGUUUAUCAUUGUAUUUGUAUUAUUUUAAAUUCAGUAAAACUUAUAA